AUGAGCAAGGAAAAUAUUCACACUAGCAUUGACAUUAUUGGACAUGUCGACUCCAGCAAGUCUACAACCACCUACAAGCUGGGAGGUAUCAAGAAGGAAGCCUUCAACUUAAUCGAUAAGGAUGGCUACAGUUGCAUCACAACAAAGGAACUUGGAACAAUUAUGAAAUUGCUUGGGCAAAAUAGAACUGAAGUUGAACUUCAGGAUAUGAUCAACGAAUUAGAAGUAGAAGGUAAUGGAACCAUCGAUUUCCCAGAAUUUCUAAACCUGUUAACAAGGAAGAUGAACACUCAAAGGGGUGCAAUAUUCACAGAGAUAAAGAAUAAUGUUAACAAAUAG